AACACGUUUCUUGUCGGAUACAUUUAAAGUCAUAUUGAGGGACAGAGACCGCAGUGUCAGGAAGCUUCCUCAGGUCAAAAUGCCAAAGAAACGCCAAGUGGGGAGGAGAAACAUGGCUGAAGAGGCAUCUCCUUCUAAACAGAGCCGGGUAACAAGCAGCCAGACUCGGUCCCCUCUGGGUCUCCAGAGUCCAGAAAGCCUGUUCGAGAGCCUCAUCCAGCCUGUUGGGACUGAGCAGUUUUUUGCAGAGUACUGGGAAAAGAAGCCCCUGCAUCUGCAGAGGUCUGAUCCUGCUGUGGCCUCCUACUACCAGUCCCUGUUUCAGCUGGCUGACCUUCAGAGUUUAUGUUCUCAGGGUCUGCAGUUCUACAGGGACAUUAACAUUGUCCGCUGUGUCAAUGGCAAGAAGAAAGUUCUCAAUAAGGAAGGCUAUGUCAAGAAUGGAUCUCUAAUUUCAAACCUGAAGCAUAAGGCUUCCAUCCAGUUUCACCAACCACAAAGAUUCAAGGAUGAGUUGUGGAGGAUCAUGGAGAAGCUGGAGAGUUUCUUUGGAGCUUUGGUGGGCUCUAACGUCUACAUUACACCGGAGCAGUCUCAGGGUCUUCCACCACACUAUGAUGAUGUUGAGGUCUUCAUUUUGCAGUUGGAGGGAGAGAAACGUUGGCGUCUCUAUAACCCAACUAUUCCUCUGGCAGCAGAGUACAACGUUGAGUCAGUGGACAGGAUUGGCAGCCCCACACACGAUUUUAUUCUGAAGACAGGCGACCUUCUGUACUUCCCCAGAGGAACCAUUCAUCAGGCGGAGACUCCUGCGGGAGUGCCCCACUCCACCCACCUGACUCUCAGCACCUACCAGAGGAUGUCAUGGGGAGAUUUGCUGUCCGAUGCUUUUCCCGUCAUGCUGUUUGACAGGAGCAGGACUGAAGUCAGCCUGAGAGAGGGCAUGCCCAGAAGGCUUUUACUGGCUAACGGUAGUGAUGUGAACACCAACCGACGGCUGGCUGCAAUCCUGCGAGCUGUGGCUGAUGAUCUGGAGGAGGAGGUGCAGAAAUUCAGUCCCACUCACAUGAAAAAGGAUUUCAUCAGCAACAGACUUCCACCGUACUGCCUCCAGCAGCUCCCAGCUGGGAGGAUGCCUGCUUUGGAGGACACAGUUUUUUUGCAGUUUAAAGAUCACAUGGUCAUAACGGUAGAAUCCUGUCAGCAGAACACAGAUGAGGCCACCGAGCAGUUUGUCUGUGUGUUCCAUUCUCUGAAGAACAGCAGGGAGAACCACAUGAUGGGUGAAAUCUGUGAUGGAGAGCAGCAGUGGGACCACUCUGCGGGGCUCCGGUUCUCCCUGUCUCACAUCCAGGCCCUGCGACAACUGUUGCAGUCUGAACAGCUCCCUGUACGACAGAUCCAGCUGCCAGAAGACCAAGACAAGCUCAGUUUGAGUCUGGCUUUGUGGAGUGAAGGUCUGCUGCAAGUCCUCUGAUCCUCCUCAGUGGUACUGCAGUUAGUGGUGAGGCCUCGGCAACCAUUGCCUUUAUUUUCUGAAGCCGCUCGAUGGCACUCUUGCUUUUAAGAUAGAGGCUGAAGGACUGACAAUGAAGUGUGCUCUCUAACAUUUAUUAAACAGAUAGGACCAACUAGUGGCUCCAUAAAAUAAAGAGAGUGGUUCACGAGGCCUCAUUUGCACAUUACCAACUCUUCUGCUUCCGUAGUUUUUUUUGUCUUUGGUUAGACAGACAUUUAGAUGACAGUGCCUCUGGUAAAGGAAUGCUCAGGACGGUCUUUCCUGCCUCUAUGUGGCCAGAUGUGACCUGCAGUUAAAUCUGUUCUGUAGAGUGGAGCUGAUAUUUAACCUGUUAUUUAACCUAUUCCAGUUGCUUGAUGCACAAACAUAAAAAAUAUUUU